AACCUCGUCCCCAGGCUUGAAUUAAUGACCCAUAGACCAACACAUAGACAGAGAGAGACCCGGCUGGUGGGCGAGAUUAUGAUAGAUGUGACAGAGACAGAGAGAAAGUUCGUCGUGCACAGUUAGAUGUGAGGCACUAACUUCCUUGUAUACAACUAGAACGCACCCUUCAGCUCUUUCUAUCUGAACUAUAAUCCCGGGAUGGAAGAGCCGACAUAAAAGAAAAAGGAGCGCUUUCUAAAGAAUACAAAUCAUUCAGCGUUGAGGACCAAAUAGCAGAGCAUACGUGGAAUAUACAGCUGGUUGGAACGAGGUUCUUCCACUAUGGGCUGUGUGGGGUCCAAUGAGCAGCAGGAUCCCAGCAGCAAAGGUGUGGUCAAUGAUGACUCUCUGAACCAGACUCAGACAGCCCACUACGUCAAAGACCCCACCACAGGGACCAAGGCUAACAGAACCAUCUCCGUUGCCCCUCCAGUCCCCUCUAAUGGUACUGAGAGCAUUGCCAUUGCACUGUAUGACUAUGAGGGUGUAAAUGAUGGAGACCUGGACUUUAAGAAGGGAGACAAGCUUAAAAUCUUACAGGAAUCUGGAGAAUGGUGGAGAGCACAGUUAAUUAGCACAGGCAAGGAAGGCUACAUCCCCAGUAACUAUGUAGCCAUAGACAGACUUGAAACCGAAGAGUGGUUCUAUAAAGGAGUGAGCAGGAAAGAUGCAGAGAGGCAGCUGCUAGCAUCAGCAAACAAAACGGGAUCGUUCAUGAUCCGUGACAGUGAGACCACCAAGGGCAGCUACUCCUUAUCCGUAAGGGACAGUGACUCCCAAUCAGGAGACACAGUCAAGCAUUACAAGAUCCGUACACUGGAUAACGGUGGCUUCUACAUCUCUCCACGCAUCACCUUCAACAACCUGCAGGAACUGGUCAGCCACUAUAAAAAGCAGGGAGAUGGUCUGUGCCAGGCCUUGACCAGCCCCUGCCUCAGUCCCAAGCCCCAGAAGCCCUGGGAGAAGGAUGCCUGGGAGAUCCCUCGGGAGUCCCUCAAACUUGAUAGGAAGCUCGGGGCUGGCCAGUUCGGAGAGGUCUGGAUGGCUACAUACAACAAGCACACCAAGGUGGCAGUGAAGACCAUGAAGCCUGGCACCAUGUCGGUCGAGGCUUUCCUGGACGAGGCAAACCUGAUGAAGGCCCUGCAGCACGACAAGCUGGUCCGUCUGAACGCUGUGGUUACCAAAGAGGAACCCAUCUACAUCAUCACAGAGUUCAUGGAAAAGGGCAGUUUGCUGGACUUCUUGAAGAGUGAUGAGGGCAACCGUGUGCAGCUCCCCAAACUCAUUGACUUCUGUGCACAGAUUGCAGAAGGAAUGGCCUACAUCGAGCAGAGGAACUAUAUUCACAGAGACCUGCGAGCCGCCAACAUCCUGGUCUCGAAGGCUCUGGUGUGCAAGAUUGCUGACUUUGGCCUCGCCCGAAUCAUCGAGGACAAUGAGUACACAGCCAGAGAAGGAGCAAAGUUCCCCAUCAAAUGGACGGCCCCAGAGGCAAUCAACUUUGGCUCCUUCACCAUCAAAUCAGAUGUCUGGUCCUUUGGCAUCCUACUGACCGAGAUCAUCAGCUAUGGACGCACACCAUAUCCAGGUAUGACAAACCCAGAAGUGAUUCGCUCUCUGGAGAGCGGCUACCGCAUGCAGCGCACCGACACCUGUCCGCAGGAGCUCUAUGACAUCAUGUUGGAGUGCUGGAAGAACAAGCCCGAGGACCGGCCCACCUUUGAGUAUCUGCAGAGUGUCCUGGAGGAUUUCUACACCGCAACAGAGAGCCAGUACCAGCAACAGCCAUGAGCCAGAAUGAUUCAGGCAGAUACAUAACCUACUCUCUCAUACUCUCAUACAAAUGUACAUGUGUACAGGCAAACCUACAGAGAAAAAAGGGGAUCUGAACAUGUUUCAGAUGGUUCCUUAUGAAAUAUGGCAUUUACUGUAACUUAACUCAAAUUUAUUACAGUGAUUCAUGAAAUGGCUGAGUGUAAGGCGUUUUCAACAUUUUUAUUUAUUUAUAUUUCAUUUACAUAUCUUGUUGGGUGACUUUCCCUUCCCUUCCCCUUUGUAGUUAGCUCUGCCAGUCCUGUUUGUUUGUUGUAUGGAUUAACUGUGCUCUAACUAUGUACACGCCCAGAAAGUGCACAAAAUGGGAAAUAAAAAAAGAUUUGUACAUUUCCCAUGUAUAUGCCCAGGGCAUACAGUAUAUUGGAAAAUGUUAUUUUCAUUCUGGCAUAUACCAUUGAAUCACUAUAAUUCACUGAACAAGCACUGGAGUACAACAGUAUAAUCUUUUAAUUUACAAAAAAUGUUUUGUCUAUUUGGUAAGGUGACUAAUUUAUUCUAGCCAAGAGUACCUGUCCAUUCUCUAUACUGAAUGCACAAUAUAUACACAAAAGUAUGUGGACACCCCUUCAAAUGAGUGUAUUUGGCUAGCCACACCCGUUGCUUACAGGUGUAUAAAUCGAGCACACAGUCAUGCAAUCUCUAUAGACAGACAUUGGCAGUAAAAUGGCCUUACUGAAGAGCUCAGUGAAUUUCAACUUGGCACCAUCAUAGUCAGUUGGUCAAAUUUCUGCCCUGCUAGAUCUGCCCCAGUCAACUGUAACUACUGUUAUUGUGAAGUGGAAACGUCUAGGAGCAACAACGGCUCAGCCGCAAAGUGGUAGGCCACACAAGCUCACAGAACAGGACCGGUUGGUGCUGAAGCACAUAGCCUGUAAAAAUCUUCUGUUCUCUGUUGCAAAAUGUAGUUCUGUCCUUGAGCUGUUUUUGUCUAUUAAUCUUCUGUAUUACGUCAUGUUUCAUGUUCUGUGUGGACCCCAGAAAGAGUAGCUGCGGCUUUCACAACAGCUAAUAAGGAUCUUAAUAAAAUACCAAAUACUCA